AUGCUGCGGUUGCUAAUCCACCCGUCGGCCUGCAGAAGAAUGCAAACUCGCUCCUGUGUCACCAAGGAGACAGCCGGGCGUCUCUGUACACAGUGCCCGUCCCGAACACCAGUCGACCUAAACCAGCUCUUGACCUCCUGCAAGAGGCUCCUGCAUGAGCUGAGACCCUGCUGCCAUCCCCCCGUGGCAGGCUGGGCGGUCUGGGGAGAAGAAGCAGGCUCGCUGCCCAAGCAGCAGACAGCUAUUCCUCCCUGCCGCGCCCGAAGCCAGGCAGAGAUGUGGAGGAGCCUCUCCGAGCGCUUUGCUGUGCUGGAUGUGACGUACUUCGUGAGGCACAAAGGCGAGGUCAAUGCUUGCGCUUUCUCUGCCGACUGCCAGCACCUCCUGACUGCCUCCGACGACAGCAGGCUCUUCCUCUGGAAUGCUAAAACUGGAGCGCUGCUCUGCAAAGUCACCGGCCACGCAGGGCCAGUGAAAGACUGCAGGUUCUCUCCAGACUGCGCCCUCUUUGCCAGCGCCUCUCACGACUGCACGGUUCGAGUGUGGGACACAGUGACCGCUGAGUGCGUCCACGUGCUGGAAGGUCACUGCAAGAGCGUGGAGACCGUGCGCUUCAGCCCCGAUGCCCGGCAGCUCCUGUCAGGAGGCUGGGACCACAUGGCCAUCCUGUGGGACACGCAGUUAGGUCAGAUGUUAAGGCUCUUCUCUGGGCACCGUGACGUCAUCCAAAGCUGCGACUUUUCCCUGAACACGCAGUACCUGGCAACUGGUUCCUGGGACUGUACAGUUAAAGUCUGGAGUUUGUGUACAGAUGGAGAUAACACUCUAGAAGGACAUCGGGGCAACGUUAGCUGUGUUUGCUUCUCUGCAUCAGGAAUGCUGGCAUCAGGCUCGUGGGACAAGACCGUGCGGGUCUGGAACCCAUGCAGCGGGGUGCUCGUUUUCCUCCUGGAGGGGCAUUCAUCCUGGGUGAAGAGCGUAUCCUUCUCCAGGGAUGGACUGCUGCUGGCCACUGCAGGCUAUUCAGAAAUGGUGAAAGUGUGGGACUGCAGAACAGGGAAGUGCAUAGAAACUUUAGAGGUGAUGUUGGAUCAAGCCUCUAGCUGCAUCUUCAGCCCAGAUGGUGCUCUUCUAGUUUCAGGAGCUGCUGGCCAUGAUGAACAUCAACUGCAGGAGGCGAAAAGGGAAACCUGGAGAACAGUGCAAGGGCUAAACCAUCCUGCUUCAAUAGGGAAAGGAAAUGGUCAAGUGCCAAGUGAGAACUAGAAAGGGAUGUUAUCAGACGUAGCCAGUUCCUGAGAGCAAAUGAUCAGCCUGCCCAUGGCAGGUUGGUACAAGUCCACCUAACAGUGACAUGCUGCUGCCCAAGUGACCACAGCUCUAAACCCCAGGAUAACCCCCUGGUGGCAUUAUGACAUCCCAUGGGUCCUUCUUGAGUAUCUGGGUCCAAUGUCUUCUCCUACAUGGGGAUACACAGGAG